UUCAUUGGAGUAUAAAAACUCCCACACUCUUCCACUUGACCACUAAUCUCAGUAAUCUGCUCUCAACUGUGCCAAGACAAGAAUUUUGAGUUGUUUGCCCUCACUAUCUUCUUUUAGUUGAGUCCUCUAGCUGAGAUUUUGAUAAAUAAUGGCUGAAAAUAUUAAAAAGAAGAUUGAAAAAUUCAAGAAAGAGGCAGAUGACGCAAAACAGAAAGCAGAAGAGGCCGAAGCAGAAAAGAAAGAGUUGAUCAAUGAGUUAGACAAAAAAGAUCAAGAGAUAGAUGAUUUGAAGCGAAAACUAAAAUUGAUGGAAGAUGACCUCGAAACGACUGAGAGGCGGUUGGAAAUAGCCCAGGAAAAAGCAGAUAUGUUUGAAAAGCAACUUGAUGACACUCAGAGAGAGACAAACCAGCAAGCAUUUCGAGAGAAGUAUGACAAAGCUACCGAAGAGCUUGACAAGCUUCAUGAACAGCGAAGCGCCAUGGAACACGAAAAAAAUGAAACUGAAUCUAAAUGCAAAGAUGCUGAGCGCAGAAUAAAGCUCCUUGAAGAUGAUUUGGCUAUGGCUGAAGAGCAAGUAGACAAAUUAAAGGACCAACUUAGUGAGUCUGAUCGGGCAAAUGAUGAACUUUCAAGGGAAAAGGACUCUCUGAAAUCUCAAUUGGAUACUGCUGAAAAGGACCUUGAAAAAUUAGAAGAAAAAUAUGAAAAAGCAAAGCAAGAGUUGGAUGAGACGAUGGCAACGCUGGAGGAAUUAGGAUAAAGAGACAAAAUUCAUUCUCUCUUACAAUAAUCGUUUUUAGUAUACCUCAGGACGUGUAGAAUUAUUAUUAUUUUUUAGUACUGAAUUUUUGUGUGUAAUUAUUAUUACUAUGGUCAUUAUUAUUAUGAUCAUUAUUUUUGAUUAUUAAUAAUAUUAACU